CCGUGACCCGCGCUGGUCUUGCCAGAUUGAUGAGCCGCAUCAAUGGAAUAUGGAUCUUAUCCAACGAAUGUCUAUCCAUCCUUCUCCUGAUCUUCCCACUCUAAUCACACUGAUAUCCUGCGGAAUUGAAUUACUCGAAAAGUAAACACAUACACUUCUGUCGUGUCAGCCUAUCAGACUUCUGCGAAUAAUAUUGGCAUCAGCCUGUGCAAUCAACCUACGUUAUAUGUUAACUCCGGACGUAACCCCUAUCCAACAGCUCUCCCCUCCACGAUAACUCCACUUCGUCUUCCGUACCACUACCGAUACCCUUGACAUGAGGGUCGUGUGUUCGUCCCUUCACAUUCCACAAAGCUAGAUAGUCCGACUCCCUUACCAACCAGACUCCCCUUUUCCGUAUCAUCGAAAUCUUCGGCCAUGGCAGUUGCGACAUCUGUCCAGGACCGAACUCCUGAGUUCCAAUCCAUUCUUACUCAGGCUCGGAAACGCCUUGCUUCCUCAAAAACCGGUUCCCAACGCCAAUAUUUUCUAUCAGAUGCCCAACGGAGAGAUUUACAACCAUCCCCUGCUAAUGGAACAGCCGCGGGGGCCAAGAAAGCGGCCAGAUCGGAAUUUGCGAGGCGGGCUGCUGAGAUUGGGAGAGGGAUCUCGGGGACAAUGGUGAAAUUGCAGAGGCUGGCCAUGUUGGCUAAGCGCAAAACCCUCUUUGAUGACCGACCUGUUGAAAUUUCAGAGCUCACAUAUGUCAUCAAGCAAGAUCUUGCUUCCCUCAACUCCCAAAUCGCGUCUCUACAAGCUCUCACACUCGCCCAACACCCGAAAUCAUCACGGAGUAAAACAGACCAGGAAGGCGAACAUAACGAUAAUGUCGUGGUAAUGCUCCAAGGCAAACUUGCCGACGUCGGCGCAAACUUCAAAGAAGUCCUCGAAGUCCGCACCCAAAACAUCCGCGCCUCCCGCUCCCGAACAGAAAAUUUCGUUUCCUCCGUCUCUUCCAAGUCACAAACAGCCCUCGAACCUCAACGUUCCGAUUCCCCUCUCUAUCAACCCCCCCGAAGCCGAAGUCCAGCACCACCGGGGUUUCAAGUACCUAAUUCGUCCGACCUCCUAAGCCUCGAACCAUCCUCCUCAGCAAGCCCCUUCUCCCUGGGGCGCGGCGGUGGAUCCCAAUCCGAUCAGCAACUUCUAAUGAUGGAAGAAGCUCAGUCAUCCAACUCUUAUAUCCAAGCACGCGGGGAAGCCAUCGAAGCCAUCGAGCGUACAAUAAACGAGCUCGGUGGCAUCUUUGGCCAGUUGGCGUCGAUGGUCAGCGAGCAGUCUGAAAUGAUCCAGCGCAUCGAUGCGAAUACAGAGGAUGUGGUUGAUAAUGUGCAAGGCGCACAUAGAGAGCUGUUAAAGUACUGGUCUCGAGUUUCGGGGAAUCGGUGGUUGGUUGCUAAGAUGUUUGGCGUUUUAAUGAUAUUCUUCCUCUUAUGGGUUCUGAUAUCGGGCUAGCAAGCAAGGGUCUAGCGUGCCCUGUAUUUUAUUAGAUUCCAUUCGCUUGCCAUGAGGCGCGCCGCGUCGCGGCAUGGUGUAAUCCUUCCAUGUAUCACCCUCUGCCUGUUUUUUUUUUUUUUUUUUUUUUUUUUUUUGUCCAGUGUACCUUUUGGGCGUCAAGGUUUUCAGAUUUCAUUUAUCUUCACAUACGGCCAGCUGGUCCUUUUCUUUCUGUCUUGUAGCAUUUUAUUUGGGUAUACACAUUUUUGGCUUCGAUGGCUAUCCAUUCCUCCCGCUUAACUUGUUUCCUCCAUUCCACAAUCUUUGGUACUUGUCCUUUCUCUCCUUUUUUCCUUUCACACCAGCCACCCUUCAGAAGAUCAAAAUUCUUAUUCUAUUUUUUCUCUUUUCAUUUUAUAUUUUAUAUUUUGCUCUUCGAUCAAUCUUCCCAUAUAUUUUAAAAUCUAAUCUCAGCCCCCUUCUUGUAUGCAACAACUUCUCUUUAGAGACGCGUUAGAGUAGAUUUCAUGAGAUCAAUCAGAUGGCUUUUAGGUUCUCGUUCAUUUGCUAUCUUGAUUUACUCUGUAUGGGAGGUGUAGAUAUGCCCCUUCCAAACCCACACACACUUAGUUGCCUGAUGGAAAAGCCUCUUAUUCUAGUGAGGGUCUCUCAGCAUGAAACAAUGUACAAAAUCCCCAGGCCCAAUUCUCCCCUUGAAAUUCAAAAGCAUA